AUGGCAUCAGAAGAGCUUGUUGUCGGUGUUGUGUUGCCGGCAAGUGGUACAGGGGACAGGUUUAGCUGUCAGACUCCGAAGCAGUUUGCCUGCCUGCUGGACAAACCCAUAUUUUUUCACACAGUGAUGGCAUUUUACAGGUUUGACUGGAUACAAAACAUUGUCAUAAUAGUGAGUACAGAAUACAUUGACAGAGUGACAGCCAUGGUUGACUGCUUCAAAGACAAGGUGAAAGUUGUGCUCGGUAGCAACACCCGACAUAGAUCUAUCUGGGUGGGCGUUCAAGCAUUAUUGCAUGUCCAGCCUGUACCAGAUGUCAUGGUCAUUCACGAUGUAGUGAGACCAUUUUUUGAUGAAGAAGUUGUCAAGACCAUCGUUAAAAAUGCAUUUGUUCAUGGGGCAGCAGGUGUGACACGCCCUCUGGUUUCCACAGUAAUACAAGGUGACGAGAACAACAUGCUGACGGCAUCCCUUGACAGGAACCUGUACUGUGCCAGUGAGAUGCCACAAGCAUUCAAGUAUGGGGUUAUCAAGGAGGCCUAUGAAAAAGCUGAUGAGAAUGACCUCGACUUUGGCACAGAGUGUCUAUUCCUGGCCCUCAAACACUGCCAAACCCCGGCAAAAUUGAUUCCUGGACCGGACAGUCUAUGGAAGAUUACAUACAAAAAAGAUCUCUACGCAGCUGAAGGCAUUAUGAAAGAGACGGGUAUUUGCGUGUGCAUUCAGUCAGUAACAGGCAGUGCCAGUGAAACUGUCCUGCAGUGUUUGGAACAUCAUAUCUCAGAAAAAGGCCUCUCCUGCAAACGGGUCAGUGAGGUGUCAUCGGAUUUCAACACUUACGUGUUUGUGCACACAGAAAAUUCUGACAUUACGACAAUGCUUGAAACCAUGUCACAAGAGGUCUGCGACUGCCACAGAAGAAAACAAAUAUGAAAUAGUCAAGCCAUGUGUGAUUCACGUGUAUGCUGGAAAUCUUUGGGAUACCGAAACGGAGAGAGAAUUUAGUGAAACCAUCACAAAAUUGUCUAAAGACCAGUGUAGCGUGCUUUGGUAUGGAGCAGUUUGCCAGAGCACCUGUGGCAGGCUUGGGAAAAUGGUGGCGAGUCUCUGUUGGACAAGAGAAGACAGUUUCUCAGGACAGACAUUUGUACUUCAUUCAUGACGUCUACUUACAGUUGACCAAUGUGUCAUGGACAACAGAGGAAAAACCUAUAUCAAUAGUACCUUACCUGCUUUUGAAGAUCACGUGUGAAAUCGAAAGUUAAGAACAUGGGUAUUGUCUUCUUAUGGAUCUUGCAACACAU